CAGCACACAGCACGCUGACAGUAACGAUGGGCCGUAUUUUAAUUAUUUUCCUCUAUCCGCUUCUAUCUCUUGUCGUUUCAGGGCACGCACAUUUGACCGACUUCAAUAUCGCGACCCGGCUGCCACCGGAUGGGUUGGCCUGCAGCAUGUCUGGCACCAAGCCGUACAUGGCCCCGGAGGUGUUCAUGUGUGCCUUAGAGGAGAUCGCCGGCUACAGCUACCCAGUUGACUGGUGGUCCCUGGGCAUUGUUGCCUACGAGAUGCGCUCAGGAAUACGCCCGUUCGUGGUCCACUCGUCGACGCCCCUUGUGGAGGUGAAAAACGUUCUGAACACCCAGCCGCACUUUCCCCGGAACUGGAGCGACAACUUUAUCGAUCUGCUCGGAAAGCUACUCAACGUCCACCCGGGAGCUCGAAUCAGCAGCCAGCGAGAACUUCAGCAAACCAAACUCCUUCGGGGUACCAAAUUCGAGCGGAUUCUGGCCAAGCAAACGAAUCCCUUGUUCAAACCAUCGAAGGAUCACUUGAACUGCGAUCCCAGCCUUGAGCUGGAGGAGAUGAUCAUCGAAACCAAGCCGCUCCACAAGAAGAAAAAACGACUCGCCAAGCAGCGGUCCAUCCAUCGGGACAGUCAAAACGCGAACCAGGGCCAGCUGAGCCCGCUGGAUAGUCAACUGUUGAAGGAGUUCCUGGUGUACAACCGGUUCAAGGAACAAAAGCGGAGAGCGAUGGAGAAGAAGGAAACCGAGUGGCAGCAGGAGCUGGAUCAGGCGAUGGCCAGCUCAGAGGCGGAUGGGACGGCCACGGUGGGACGAUCGGAGUCCGUUCCGGCCCGUUUGGCCACGAUUAGCGAAGCACAGCCGGACAACGGAUCGACCAACAAUGGUACCGCGCGAUCAAUCAACAGCAGUGGGACAAAGUCGGUGUCCAAGCAGGCAGACAGCUUGGACUACAUCGAUCGGACGCCUUCGCCAAAACCGAGCAUAUAGUAGUAGUGGUGUGGCGCGUUUUACGUUGCGAGAUUACGAAUGUUUUGUCCGUUGUUUGUUUAGGUCGUUGCCUGUUGCGGCAUCGAGCGUUGUGAUAAAUCGAAGGUCUCUCGUGUGCUUUUGCGUUCUCGAAUUCUGGAGUAUAUUCAAUGUGUUACCCGAGAAAAAAAUUGUCAGUAAUGCGCUCAUAGAUUGCGAUUUGUUUAGAAUUUAAAAUUCAGUAUAUUUUGUGUCACGUUUGUAGUUCGGCGCACGAAAAUCAUACGGAAAUAACGAGACUGAGUACAUUUAGUGAGAUAAACAGCAAACAAAAAUUGUCACAGUCCGGCACAUAUUAGCAACAUCUAAUGAUUAACAUCAGUUUCCAGUAGCGUAGAAGCAUAGUUCUCAGCAUCGGUAAACAAUAAUCGUCGAAAUAACCGGUAGUGUUUAAAAGUAGUAAGAAAUACAAUCAUCACUCGCUAGGCCGCUAGAAUGCACACUCACUCACUAAAUGACGCACAUUACUCGCUGAUUGUUCAUAGAAGUUGCUACACACACACACAUGCAUAUACGAUAGGUCACCGAGAUAUAACCGACAUCAAAAGGACAAAGUAGGCGAUUGUUGACAUAGCAUUCGACAUCCGUCGAGCUUGACGUUGAUAAAUGAAGGCGCAUGUUACUGCGAUUGAAUAUUAAUCAGUGGGGGAGCCAUUGUCGUGCCCCACCAUCAUCAUCGCUUGGCGAGGAGGGACACGUAUUUUGGGUGAAAUAAUCGUCAAUUCGUUUUUUCUGGUAACGAAAUCAAAAUCGGAUCAAAUAUAAAGGUAUAAACUGUUGAGCAUUAUUUAAACCAGUGAAAUGUUUUUGUCCCUGCAAUUUAUUGGGUGGAACAAAAAGAACUGAUCCCGAGGCAACAGAGAAAAUAUAAAAAGUAAAUAUUCGUAGCAGCGUGAAAUUUAAUCGUUUUAUCGGAAUGAUACACAACAGAGUGGUUGCAGUUCCAUGCAGUGAACGUUCCCCACUUAUAUGAAAGAUAAGAAACUACGCGCUUGGAGGAGGAAGUGCGAGAAGCCACCGCCAUGCUGGAGGAACAACACGCUUCCUAUGAAAAAGAUCUAAA